AUGAAACUCAAAGAACUCGAAGGUUUACUUCAGGACGUUGCUGUUUUCGAUGAACCAAAAAUUCAUUUGGAGCAAUACGUGACAACACCACAUUUAGCUUCAAGGAUUCUAUUUACUGCGCACUCUGUAUAUGAUGACAUUGAAAAUAAAAUAGUGGCAGAUUUUGGUUGUGGUUGUGGAAUAUUAAGAACAGCAUCGCAUCAAAUAUUCUCGGAUCAAGACAUUGAUCCGGAUGCACUCCGAAUUGCUAGCGACAAUUGUUCAAAGUUUGAGCUUUCUGUUGAUUUCCUAUUGACAGAUUUAACUUUGGACCCAAAAUGGCAAAAGAAUGAUAAUAUUAUUGAUACGAUUGUAAUGAAUCCACCAUUCGGCACAAAGAAUAAAGGAGUUGACAUGAUUUUUUUGAAAAAGGCUGUUGAGGUCGCAAAUAAUGCUGUUUAUUCGUUACAUAAAACAUCAACGAGAGAGCACAUACUUAAAAAAGCAAAAGAAUGGGGAGUUGAUUGCGAAGUUUUGGCCGAAUUGAAAUUUGAUAUACCAAAUAUGUACAAGUUUCACAGAAGGAAGUCUGUAGAUAUUCAAGUAGAUUUUCUGCGAUUAGCAAAGUAA